CGUGCUCGGUACCGGCGGUGCCUCCCCGGCGGCAGCGCAAUGGGGCCCGGGGCCCUGCGGCUGCCUCCGGCUAUGGCGGUGUUGGCCCUCCUGGCCCUGCGCGGAGCGGCCGCCGCCGGACCCAACUUCGUCCUGGUGCUGGCGGACGAUCUGGGCUUCGGGGACCUGGGCGGCUACGGGCACCCCUCGUCUGCCACCCCGCACCUGGACGGGAUGGCGGCCCGAGGGCUGCGCUUCACCGACUUCUACAGCAGCUCCCCGGUGUGCAGCCCCUCACGGGCAGCCCUGCUGACCGGCCGGUUCCAGAUGCGCUCCGGGGUGUACCCGGGGGUGUUCAGCCCCGGCUCGCGGGGGGGGCUGCCGCUGUCGGAGGUCACCAUCGCAGAGGUGCUGAAGGCUGCGGGCUAUGCCACAGCCAUGGUUGGCAAGUGGCACCUUGGCCUGGGUGUGAAUGGCUCCUUCCUGCCCAUCCACCAGGGCUUUGACCACUUCCUGGGGAUCCCUUACUCCCAUGACCAGGGCCCCUGCCAGAAUCUCACCUGCUUCCCACCUGACAUCAAGUGUUUUGGUACCUGUGACCAAGGUGUAGUGCCAGUCCCGCUGCUCUGGAACCAGAGCAUCGUGCAGCAGCCGGUCUCUUUCCCUGAUCUGGUGCCGCUCUACAACAAGUUCUCACGGGACUUCAUUGCUGACUGCGCCCGAAAAGGCAUCCCCUUCCUGCUCUACUAUGCCUCCCAUCAUACCCACUACCCCCAGUUUGCAAGCCAGGAGUACACAGGGCAGUCACGGCGUGGGCCAUUUGGAGAUGCACUUGCAGAGUUUGAUGGUUCAGUGGGACAGAUGCUACAGGCACUGCAGGAAAGUGGUGUUGCGAACACAACCUUGGUGUUUUUCACCUCUGACAAUGGCCCUUCCACCUUGCGGAUGGCACGUGGGGGCAGCUCUGGCCUUCUGAAGUGUGGGAAGGGCACAACAUACGAAGGUGGCAUGCGGGAGCCAGCGGUGGCUUAUUGGCCAGGCCGUAUCACUCCAGGAGUGACGCAUGAGCUGGCAAGCACCCUGGACCUCCUGCCAACACUGACUGCCCUGGCUGGAGCAUCUCUUCCCAAAGUUGCCCUGGAUGGCUAUGACCUGAGCCCAGUGCUGUUUGGGUCGGGGAAGAGUCCCCGUCAGACCAUGUUCUUCUACCCGCCAGCCCCUGAUCCAUUGCAUGGUCCCUUCGCUGUCAGGUUUGGGAAGUACAAGGCCCAUUACUUCACACAAGGUUCCUUGCACAGUGAUACAACCCCAGAUGAGGCCUGCCAUGGGCUCACCCCACUGACACCCCACCUGCCCCCACUGCUGUUUGACCUGGAGUCUGACCCAGCUGAGAACUACGACCUGCUGCAGAGUGGUGUGGGGCCAGAGCUGCUGCAGGUCCUGAAGGAGAUCCAACUGCACAAAGUGCUUUUUGAGCAGCGCAUGGAGUUUGGGGAAAGCCAGAUCAGAAAGGGCAGGGAUCCUGCCCUGCAGCCCUGCUGUGUACCAAACUGCACUCCUAAGCCUUCCUGCUGCCACUGCUCCUAACCUCUUGCUGCUCUCCCUCCACACUGGAACGCUAUCCCACACCCACCACUCUUACCCUGAACUGUGUGAAAUUGGGCUGUUCCUCAUGGCACCAUAAAUCCUGUCAAUUUGCUACUGUU